CAAGAAAAAAAAAAGAGGAACCCAGCCAAGCCGACAACCCCACUUGGAAAAUUGGUAAGGAAGCUUGGUUUUUUCUCUUCUUUUCUUGUUUAAGAACAAGAUUUAAGCCUUGAAAUCUUCCCCCCUGCAAGAAAGCUCCCGAAUCUGCUCUGCUCUGUCUUCACCGUCAGCUACUCUUCCUUGCUUAUGUGAAUUGAAUAAAUUCCAAGCCUUGUGCAUUUGUGGGAUCCUCUCACAAGUGCACGGCGUCUGCACGUCCCCAAAUUUGGGUUCUGAGGCAUGACACACGAUGAGUGCUACGAGCUUAUCACCAGCUUGAACUCAUUGGAUAGGAUGAUCCGAUUGGCUUCCGCUCCAUUUGCAAAUACAGUGGGUGACCCCAUCAGGUUAGUUUUGAAGAUUUGUCCAUGCUUUGAUAACCGGGGCUGGAUGAAUUCUUCAAAAAACCGGUUGUUCUUUUGAGCUGUGUAGAAGUCCACUGUUUCACCAAUGAAGGGAAGCCCCAUUUCCCCUGGUGGUAGUAGCCUCCUCUCACUUUUAGCAAAGGUUUUCCUUUGCUUCAUGAAGAUAACAGAGACUACUGCAACUAGAAAAAAGAGAGCCCAUGAAAGAAUUUGGUUGAUUUCCAUGGUUCUUUUUCUUUUGGAGUACUUGUGUGUUUUUCGUUGAUGGUAUGUUUUGGGUGUGAGGAAAACGAGUGAGGAAAGUGAGUAUUUAUAGUUUGUGAGCAGUUGAAGCUGUUAGAGUCUUGAAUUUUCUAUUUUUUUGGCCAAUGGAGAUUUCUGCGAAGUCGAUGGAAUGUUGAAGCAUUCGCAACCUUCCCACUAAUAUAAUUAAAAUUUUUGU